CAAUAUUCGCGAAACUAUCGUAUAUUCAAUAACAGAUAUUGCACAGGCUGUUGGAUAGGAGAGUAGGCUAUAACUGCGUCCUAGAUACUUGAAGAUAGCAUUAAAUCAUUUGGACUUAUAUUACAAAUAUAGCACUACGAUUUGAGAAAUUGAAAUGGAUAAAAAGGAAUUAAGAGAGUACCUCGGACAAAAUCAGCACUAUCACCCGGAGGCAAACCCCCACCCUACCAAUCAACACUGGUGGAAUAACCUUCAUUUGAAACAGACUGCACCAGAGAGUUCAAGCACCAGUGUUAAACCCGCUCAAUGUACGUCUGGCAUUCCGCCGCCGCCGCAGCAGCAGCCGCAACAACAACAACAACAACAAACUGGGCAGACGACAGAACCUCAGAAUAUGAAAAGGAUUGAUUCUAAAAGUGUUUAUAUGGGAUUAGAUUUUUCUGAUUGAUGUUUUUGUAAAUAUAAAAAAAACUAUAUUUUUUUAUAAUUUAGGAUCAGGAAAUCGGAAACACAGAAAACGGACACUGGGCUGGUUUGAUAUAUGUUGCAGUAAUAAAUUACUACUAACUUGG